UUUCGGUGCCCUGGAUAGGGUAGUAAGGCAAAGCUUUUCUCUUCGAGAUUGGGAGGGGCGAGAAAAAUCGGUCGUGUAAGUUUGAGCAUAAAAGCGCGAAAAUAUUACCUUUUUCUAAGUUUUCGUCAUACAAAAAUCCUCAAUAUUUCGAAGAUAGAAAGUUUCUUUACAUUGAUCGAUAUAUUUCGCGCUAAUUAAACCUGAGAACGAGGUUGUUCACGAUCUGACGUCGCAGUACGUCACAAGCUUCCUGUUCUAUUUAUCAAUCUCCAUGGCAACAAAGGCCCAUUCCCCCGCGCCCAAAUUCACUUUACAUAAACAGACUAUGGUGACAAUGGCGAUCGGAUGCGUGAUUCAUUCAGAGAAAAAUAGCUAGCUUUUGCAGUCGAUAGCGGGGUUCGAUCUUCGAAAUCUUUUGUUUUACACAAUGACUCCUGUUCAUGGAGCGAACGGUACGGCAACUUCGUCGAGGGCUUCGUCGACAGUUGUCAUGAACCAGAAGGAGAGGAUAAAUGGCUGGUCUUGUCCGUGGCAUCCUUUACAGUUCGUGGCGUGGUUUUUCCUUAUCGUCUUCUCUAUAUCUUACUUCGGUGUUUUUGUGUUCUACCUCCCAAAAGAGUGGCAAGCAGCUGGUUUCAUUAUUCCAGGUGGUUUCUGUGCUGUACACAUUAUUUAUCACCUUAUGGCGCUGACAUAUGACCCAGCAGACCCUAACAUCAGAGGUGGAACAAAGAAAGCCAAAGCAAUCUUUGAUAGAAGCCAACAUCAACAUGUCAUUGAGAACUGUCACUGUUACAUUUGUCAAGCAGAUGUUGGCCCCAAAAGCAAACAUUGCUCUGUGUGUAACAAGUGUGUUUCUGAUUUUGAUCAUCAUUGUAAAUGGCUAAACAACUGUGUUGGAGGCCAGAAUUACAAGUUAUUUAUUGGUUGCAUUACCAGUGCCUUUGUUUUGGCAGUAGUGGUAUUUGCAAUUACUCUGUAUGUUCUCAUCAUGUUCUUUAUAGACAAAGACAGUUUGAAGUCCUUGACAGGAGGACAAUUCAGAGUGUUUGUACCUAUCUCAUCAGAUGUAGCAUUUGCAGCAUAUACUGGAAUUGUGGUGACACUAUUGCUUCUUUCUAUUGCACUUCUUGGACAUCUUCUAGGAUUUCAUAUUUACUUAAUUUGUCAUAAAAUGUCUACAUAUGAAUUCAUUGUCAGUUCAAGAGACAGUCGACCUAAUCUUUCUGAUGUUGAAGCAGGCACAAAGUCUCCAGCAAGUAGAAAAUUAUUUAAGAAUAAAGUAAAGCCUGAAGAAGACAGGAGAGAAAGCGUGGAACCUGUGAGGUUUGAAAUAAGUGAUAAUGGCAGAUCGGAAGGAUCUGAGGACUCUCUUCCCAACGAGACAACUGUUAAGUUCAUAAGUGAAGUCAGUUCUAAGGCCGCUGCUAAACAGUGUCGAUCCAAUACGGAACAUGAACCUUUACAAAUCCAGGAUUCAUCACCUAAAGAAUCUUCAGUUGUUAAUAAAGACUAUUCACCUCAAGGUAUUACGGAACCUUCAUCUUCAGAGGAAUCCCUCAAGGAAAUUACACCCACCACCCCUCGGGUGGUCAUUCAACAGCCAGCUAACGUUGAAAUACCAUCCACGCUGGAGCCGAGGCACGCGGGAAUUUCCACUGACCAAUACGGUGUUGACACCUCAUUAGCCCAACCAGGGCCUAGUGGGGUGACGUUUGAUAACGAAGGCGAAGAACUCGUUCCCAGUCCUCGGAAAAAGAAAAAGAGAAAGGUGCGGGUCGACGAAGGGCUGAACACAAGGACUGGAAACAACGAGGAAUGUGAACUUGUUGAGGUUGUUACUGAAGGUGGUACAGGAGGACAUGUAGUCAAUGGACAAGAUAGUGCAGACGCUGCUAUUCCGAAGAAAAAGAAGAAGAAAAAAGUUAAGAGCUCUGCGCCUGAAAGUUUACCUCCUGUUAUUAUUCGGCGACCACUUCCGCAAUUACAACUCGAAGAUUAGAAUCAAAUUUCCUUUCAAAGAAAGUAAUUUUAAAAUUUUUAUUAAACUGUUGUGAACACUGAAUGCUCAUGACAAACUAACAAACAAGGUAAAUUACAUUCAAUUUUAUCUUUAUUUUACGAGCUGAAAGUUAAUUUCUUGUUCCUUUAAUUUUAAUGUAAAUAUAACGAUCGCUGUGUCGAAGGAGUUAAUAGAAGUUACUUAAGUAUCAAGUAAUUUUAAUAAUCAUAAAAGUGGAACUUGCUAGAACCAUAUUUUUGCGAAAUGCCAUGCUACAAGGCUCGUUGAAAGUAAUUUUACACAGAGUAAAUGUACAUAGAAGAAAGUUAUUUCUUAACCUUCAAGAAUAUAAUAUUUAUUGCUUAGACAAGAGGCUAAGUAAAAGCUACUUUUAAGAAGUUGACGAUUUUCAAAAAAUCGUGCCUUCAAGACAGUAGAGCUAUUUUGAAUCAGUUAUUUUUGAAUAGAUCAUAACAGACUGUAAGAUUUUGUGAUAAUCCAGCAAAGACAAGUUCUUGAGACAAGACCAUUUUAUCUCUAUAAAUUGGCUUCUUAUUGUAAAUACAUGAUGUCAAUUCAGAAUGUUCUAGACUUAAAAAGUUGUACUUUAGGUAUUAUUUAUAAUCAUCUUUCAAUCUGUAAUAGCUAUCUUAAGGUUCACUGUUUAAUUUAUUGCACGCACACGAAGCGGAGUAUAUAGUAAUAUUUAUUAUGCACUGUCUUUAAAUGGCCGUAUCUACCUAGAAGAACGAAUAAUGCGUCGAGCAUGAAGUACGUCUAGGCAAUUACAAAACGCAUAAAGCUGUUGUGCUGACAAAAAAGCCAUUUUGAAAGUGACGGUGAGUUGCUUGGUUACAAAUUGUAGUUAAGCGGUUCGCCUGACAGAUACGAUUGUCUGUUUUAUGCUUUUGGAAUUUACCUAAACGCUUAUUUGUUUGCCUCGGUAUGAAAUACGGUCAGUUUUAAAGUAUUAUUUAUUGAUAAACUAAACAAGUGUGUUGUCUUGUUUUUACCAAAGUUAACGCUUGUGUAGAAUUUUUUCCACAACAUGAUAUCGCCCUUGCCUCUGUUUAUGAGAUUUUAUUGCAAAAUUCUUUCAGACUACGUUCACGAGUAUUGGGUUAUCAAUAAAUGGAAGCACUAACUAA